AUGUACUUCUCACCAAGCGGACCGUACCGGUCACUUCCCUCGCCCCCCUCGACAAGCGGGUUCGUGGACGACUGCAUUGUCGCCGCGAGGAUUAACUCGGACCGUGAACCCCCUCGAGAUCUAAGUCCAGACGCCACACCAGCAGUAUUCGACUGGCUGACCCCGCGGACGGACUCCUUCGUAACCCUGCGCGACACGAGCGAGAUCGAGCCGGCCUACUGGCGCUGCAGCAACCCGAGCUGCAACCCCGACGGCGAGCAAGGAUGGCUGCGGCCGAUCCCGCACACCACCGUGCUGGAGCAGACACGCCUCCCCGGCCUCAGGUCGACGCAGAUCAAGAACCGCUACCGCUCACGCCUGGGCUUUCUCGAGGAGCACCCGCCGUCCGGCCCGCCGGCGCCGCUCAACGGCAGCGUCCCGAUGCCCGCCUCCGAGCCGGUGCCAGUCCUCGACUACGCCUCCCCGCCGCCGAGCGCCCCGCCCUGCCAGUGCAUGCAGAACCACACCAGCAUCGUGUACAACACCUACAAGCAACCCAUCGGCCUGGUCGGCGGCCUGAGCCUGCAGCCUGAGCGCCUGCGCGCCGCCGGCUGGUCGUGCGGCGCGCACUACGCGGAGCUGCCGCCGCGCUCACUCGACCCGGCCGAGGGCGGCUGCCCGCGCUGCCCGCUGGAGCGGCAGCUCACGGGCCCGACAACCGAGUGCUUCGUCGUCAACGCCUGGGGCGAGCUUCUGCUGUUCGUCGAUCCGGAGCGCUACGUGGACGCGGCCGCGUGGCUCGACCAGCCGCACCUGCAGCUGCAGCUGCAGCUGCCGCCGGCGGCCCUCGCAGUGACGCUGCCCUACGUCGGCGCCUACCCUCACGAAGCGCGCGGCCCGCUUUCUGACCACCUCCAGCAUCUCGCCGGUCUGCAGCAGUUGCUGGUGGUCGCCCGGCCCGCUGGGAAGUUUGUGCGGCGCCUGGCGAGGCUCCUGCCGGUCGAGAUGGCGGGGCGGUUGCAGGCUAUCCUUGCCGAGGACGCGAGAUACUUGCUGCUGCGCAGGGUGAUACAGGUCGCAGACUUCCGAGAGGCGUGGUAUGCCCACCGGUUCCGUCGUUUUGAAUGGGAUCUGCCGUCGCCGGGGCCGGAGGACGGGGAGUGA